CGGCCCCACCUGUCUGCAGCCUCCACCCACUUCCUCCGAUCGGGCAAGCAGCACACUGGUGGGCUAGUGGCAGUGGGCGGAAGCACGGGCUGCCUCCCUCCUGCUCCGCCGCCGCCGCUGUCGGAGUCGCCGCCCUUCGCCGCCACCGCGGGCUCCCUCGAUGUCUGGUUCCCGGAGUGGCUUCUUCCCCAUCACCUCCUCCUCCUCCCCCCUCGUCCCGGCGAUUCCAGGGAGUGUCUUGUGUAGCAAGGGAAUACCUGCCUCUAAAAACCAGGUUGCUGAAGCCAGCAAGGACACCAAUGCCAAGAAAAUCGGCCCACCUGGGAACAAAAUUCGUAUACGCCUGAGAAAGAGGUUGGCUGAGGGUGUUCAGACCACGAGCACUGUAGUACCUGAGGAAACUAAAAACCACCUGGCUAAAGAAGUAUUCGAACAUACUGAUAACGACACUCCAAGCACGAUCUUUGUGGAUACUGAAGCGAAGGCUGAGGAGGUAUGCAGCAAAGCUACAGGAGAAGGGCAGUGCCAAGAGGCAAACAGCAACAGCCUGGUCAAAACUAUGUCAAAGGACACACUACCUGAAGAGGCUAAUUUGAUUGUCUUGAGCUUGAACCAGACAACCGCCACUGAAGUGCAGGUUAAAGAGGAAAUCAGUUACCCUGAAAGAAAGGAGCUGUGUGAAGAGGGACACAAAAACAUCAUGAGCAAGGUGCUGCCUCAUGAGGACAGCAGCAAUACACCUAGGAAAGAAUCAUAUGUAGGAGCUAUUAACAAUACCCCAAGCAAGAACCAGUCAAUCAUCAGCGUGCAUGGUGAAGUGGAAAAGAACAACUCCAGCAACAUCACCCGGAGCAAGAGGCUGCUGUAUGAGACAAACAGCAAUCCCUCAAGCAAGGAGGUAACUGAAGAGGCUAAGGUCAACAACCCAAGGAAGAAUGUGACGUCUGCAGUGAAGGGCGAGGAGGCAAAUGACAACUCUCUGGGAGAUAACCUGUUUGAAGAAGCUAGAAAGAACAUUGCCACUGCAAAGCUGUCAACUGAGGCUAUAAACUGUGCCCCAAGCAGAAGACCAGCUGAUCCAGUUAAUGACAAGAAAACUAUCAAAAAGCUGCGCACCUCUGCAGUGCAUGCUACUGGCACCAGCCAUAAUCCUUCUGGAAUGAAACUUUCUACCUCUGCUGCCCCAGCUGUGGGACGAAGUACCAGUGCUGCAUUCUUAGAGGCCACAAAAGAAUAUAAAGAAUUUGAGGAGAAGGUCAAGAGAACUGUAUACCUUGACAACUUGUCUCUUCUAGCAACAGAUGCAGUCAUAAGGAUGGCUUUGAACCAAUUUGGGAAUGUAAAAAAUGUCAACUUUGUGACCAACUACACGGUUCCAUUUGACAUUCCUCAAUCUGCAUUAGUAGAAAUGGAAACUGAGAAGGAUGCUGAGCAUGUGGUCAACAUGCUAGAUGAGUUCCCAUUCAUGAUGUCCGGAAUGCCAAGACCUGUGAGGGCGAAGCGAGCCACAGCAGAAAUGUUCAAUGACCGUCCAUGGAAACCUGGUAGAAAGUUAGAAUUCUGUUGGGUGGGUCCUACAGACCCUGAUUGUCAAAAUGUCAGAAAGUUUAAGAUAAUGUCCAAGAGACAUGAGGUGGAGAAUUUAUCACUGAUCAAGAAUCAACUGCAUGAGGAGGCAUUGCUAGCAAAGCAUCAGCAGGAGAACCUGAAUUGCAAUUACAGGAAGCUUGAAAGUAUAGACAGUGUCAUUCUGACUGGCUGGGUUAAUCGCCUUACUCGUAUUUAUAACCUCAAUUUCGAUGAAGUGUACUGAAGGCGGCGGGUGUACAUGCCCCUGUUUUGACCGUGGAGCAUAUUUGUUGGGAGGAAUUUUUUUGACCUUGGAAUGCAAUAUCAAGAUCUUGCUAAAGACUGUUUCAAUGUUUGUAUAGCUGCUGGUAUCAAUCUUACGUAGUUUGCUACAUACUCGCAAUGUGGAGUACAGGCAGGAGAUAUAGCUGCCUUGUUUUUCUCUACAUUUAGCAUUGAACGAUCUGUUGAUUGGUGCUGUAUACAUGGAGUAAUCGAGAACUUAGGGUGCUCAAAUUUUCACUGGGCUGAUACAACAUCAAUGUCAGUUUUGUUUGUGUUGAAUAAUAAUUUUGUUUUUGCAUUUGAACA